CAAGUGUCUUCAUUCAUCAGAGGCUCAUUGCCUCAGCAAGAAGAUAGACAGGUGGUGCAGAGCUCCUGCCCGGAUUGAUUGGAAAGGGGAGAAAACCUGUUUGUGCAUAACAUGAAUGCCCAGUGCCUACAGAAGCCAGGAGAGGACAAUGGAUCCCCCGGAACUGGAGCUGUGCAUUGCUGUAAAAUGCUCCAAGAUCCCUCCUCUGCUAAACUUUACUUCUGCUAUGUAGUGAUCAUGGUCCUCACUGUAGCUGUAGUUGCUCUUUCUGUUGCAUUCUCAGUGAGAACGACUGAACAGAUCUCAAGCAAAAUUAAUACCUGUGCUGCUUCCCCAAACAACUGGACACUAUUUGAAAAAAAAUGUUUUUAUUUUUCUGAAAACUCAAGUGACUGGACAUCCUGUCAGAACUUCUGCAGGGAACAAGGUGCCCAACUAGCUCGAUUUGACAACCCAGAGGAGCUGAAGUUCCUAAUGAGAUACAAAGGAGAUUUUAAUUACUGGAUCGGCCUGCACAGAGAGUCGUCAGCGCACCCUUGGAGGUGGCCAGACAACACUGAGUAUAACAACACGUUUCCCAUCCGAGGAGAUGGAAUUCAUGGUUUCCUGAGUGACAAUGGGAUCAGCAGUAGCAGGGACUACAUUAAAAGGAAGUGUAUUUGUAGCAAGUCCAUCGACACCUUACAGAGCCAGUAGACCUGUACCUGGGAAGAGAGCAUAUCACAGCACAUCCUGAGGAACACAGCAUGUUAUCUACUGUUGCAGCCUCAUUAUGAUCUACUAAAAUUAUCAUCAAAAUCCAUGCAUAACGCAUGGUGACAUCAACGAUGACAACUCUCCUUGAGGACUUUUCAUGUGUGUGCUUGGGAGAUCAUUAAUUUAAUUCUAAAUUAAAUAGGCAUUUGAGUGGUAUUGAUACCUUAAAUAAACUAAAUCACA